AUGAGUCUGACUUCCUGGUUCCUGGUGAGCGGCGGGGGGACGCGUCAUCGUCUCCCAAGAGAGAUGAUCUUCGUGGGGAGGGAUGACUGCGAGCUCAUGCUGCAGUCCCGCAGCGUGGACAAACAGCACGCCGUCAUCAACUAUGAGCCGAAUACAGACGAACACAAAGUGAAGGACCUGGGCAGCUUAAAUGGGACAUUCGUCAACGAUGUCAGGAUACAGGAGCAAAUCUACGUCACACUGAAAACUGAUGACAAAUUGAGGUUUGGAUAUGAUACCAACCUGUUCACCGUGGUUCGGGGGGAGCUGCAUAUUCCGGAGGAGGCCCUCAAGCAUGAGAAGUUCAGCAGCCAGCUCCAGCUGAGCCAGAAGAAACCUCCAGAGGGGGAAUCGUCUAAAUCUGAGGUCAAAGCCCCCGGGCCGGCGGCAGCACCGGUGAGCGAGGGGGCCGCCGCCAAGCCCCCGGAGGCCGGCAGGGCGGAGGACAAGACUGCAGGGGACGUAGCGGUGUUGCACAGAGGCACGCCCCUCUAUGGCCAGCCUGCCUGGUGGGGAGAUGGAGACACUGAUGACCAGCAGCCUGGGAGGCCUGAGGAAAAGAGCUCAGAUCGGAAGAGAGAAAGAGCUGAAACAGACACCAAGAAAAUCACAGAGGUCCCAAAGUCUGCCCUGCAAACAGCUUCCAAUCAGGAGCCCAGCUACUUUGAGAUCCCAACCAAGGACGCUCCCCCAGCAGGUAAAACGAGUGCAGAAACCCCCUCACGGGAACCAGAGGCUGGUGCGGAGCCCACCCAUGGCCACGCCUCCUUCACCAUUGAAUUUGACCCUGGGGCGACAGGUAAAGUGACUGUCAAAGAUCGAGUGGCGAAGGUGGGACCAGAGACCAGGCCGCGUCCUAAAAGGGCUGUGGGGGAGGACCUGAGUCCACUUCAGACAGCCAUGGUAGCUGCGGAGGUGAAAGUUGCCGACUGGCUCGCUCAGAAUGAGCUGCCGUUGGCUCUGAAAGACACGGUUGCAGAGGAUGACGGGGAAAGUGUGAAGAGUGAUGUUCCUGUACAACUGAAGAGCCUUAAAGACAGUAAACAUGAGGACGGUACGCAGAGCGACUCAGAGAACGCCCUUGGAGAGCAGCGCCGGGCUGCAGCAAUGGAGGAACGCUCUUGGGGGCUUUGGGGCGGCGCAGGGAUGAAGAUCAGAGAGGGUCGUGCUAACGUACCAGAGGGGCUCUUCGCAGAGGAGGACAGUCCUGCUCGCCGCCGCAAGUCUUCCACCUCCAAAGUGGCAGGUGGUUUUGCGGAGAGGCGGCGUGGCUCGGCACCACACCAGCAGAGUGGUCGUGAUGAGUGCUAUCACCAUGGGGACGAUUAUAGUGAAAGAGGGACCUAUACCAUUGAGCUGGAGAAUGGAGAUCAUGAAGAGGAAGAGGCGAGGAAAAUGAUUGACAAGGUGUUUGGUGUGAAUGAGCAAGAGACUGUGUGUGUGUCCAGGUUGAGCAAUGCUGACCAAAGAGAGAGGCUCACCUCCCAGAGGUCUGGAACCGUAGACAGAGGGAAGCCUGGACGCAUGGAGACAGAGGCUCUACCUGAGGAACUGGUAGUGGGUGGUCCUCGCUGGGUCUCACAGUGGGCUACUCUGGCUGCAAGUCACAUCCGGACAGACCCUGAGGGAUCCGGAGGGGAGAGUCACAUCAUGGUCACAGAGGACAGAGCUGAAAUAAGUGAGUCCAGCCACUCAGCCUCUUUUGCCUCAUCUGGCUACACAGAGCGUAAGAGGAGAACCCUGCCACAGCUGCCUGGUGAGGAGGUCGUCCUAGGAAGGAGGACCCCAGGCUCAGGCCUGCGUGCAGAUAUGGGAGAGAAACAGGACACAGAGCUACAGGAAAAGGAGAACCAGGAGGAGAAGAUGGCCAGGGGAAAGAAUCGGCCUACUCACGGCACCGGAGGUGUAGGCGGUCAUGGCGGUAGCCCCAGCCGCUCUUCACCAGCCAAGUCGCAGGACAGUGGUGGCGGGAGAUCUGGCAAGUCAGAUAUGUUGGCCAAGCUCCCCCCUCGUCCACUGACCAGUGGGGAGAAAAAGAUGGAGGAGGCACGGAGGAGGAAAAAGGAAGAGGAGAAGGCUAGGGAAAGUAGUGGGAAACCGUUGGUGAGGCAGGAGAGUUUUACCGUGGAGAAGCCGAGCUCCAACGUGCCCAUUGAGCUCAUACCUCGUAUCGAUGGGGUGCCGCGCAGCAGAGCUCAGAGCAGGGAGACCGGCAUUGACAGCGCCACGAUUCAGAAAGACUCAGAAGCUGUGGCAGCUUUUCUAGAGACGACUGUAUCAGACCAAGGUGAUCCACCAAGUCAGUCCAUUGAAGGCUCCAUGUCACCAGAGUCAGACGUAGACACGACCAGCACGGUAAGCCAGGCUGAUGGAGUGAGAAAAGUCGUCCAGAAACGCCGGACUCUUGCAUCACAGCAGAAAGAGAGAACGGUGGUGUGCUCGUCCGGCAAAGGCCCCGCUGGCGCCCGAGAGACCCAGGACAGGAGGGUCAAGACCAGGGCAUCGGGUCCUCCGCAGCCCAGCCGCCCCUGGACUUCCCUGGACCUAACUGACGAUGACGUCAACUCCAACUCACUCCUCUCUGACUCCCAGCACACCUCCACACAGGAGUCUAGAAGCUCACAUGCCAGAGCUCAGACUGGGAGCACAACAGUGGGGGCUAGCACCAAGUCAAGUCGGGCUAAAAUCACCCAGGCCCCAGCCGCAUCUGCAGCCAAUAAAACCGCCAUUGUUCCCAAGCCCAGGCCCACCAGAGCUUCUCUGCUGAGGCGAGCCCGGCUGGGAGACUCAUCAGACACUGAACCUGCCGACCUUGACCGGAUGUCGGUAGCCUCUGAGGCCUCCACCACAAGCUCCACAUCCAGAACAGGGAUGGCAAGAAGGGGAAUGUCUAGGAUAGAGGCCCUGGCACAGCCAAGGAGGCCAAGGGUGGGUUCUCCAUCAGCCCAGAGUGACUCAGAGGCCACUGUGACAAGGAGUAGAGGUCUCGGGGCUCGGAGCGCUGCAGGUGAUUAUGCCAUCAGACAAGGACUGAGAGGUUCUACUGUCACAGCAGUGUCUGGACCCAGAGCUCGGGCAAACAGCGCCUCCAAGCUGCCUGACAAAAAUAAAGGCACCUCCUCCUAUGGACAUGUCACACCUGCAUCUGGCUCCCGAUGGCGGCGUGUGCCUGUGGAGUAUGCUUCCACCUCAGAGGACGAAUAUGGCUCAAACCGCCACGUAUCCAAGCAGGGCCACGGACGGCCGUUCCCCUCCACUCGGGUAGCCCAGCUGGGAGGUUCAGCCCCAGCCACUCCGAAUCCUGCAGGCCUGGCUGCCCUGAAGCAGCACUCCAGGGAACAGGAAGAGUAUAUGAGAGACUGGACAGCACACAGCGAGGAAAUAGCCAGGAUUAGCCAAGACCUAGCCAAAGACCUAGCCAUGCUUGCCAGAGAAAUUCAUGAUGUGGCAGGCGAGAUCGACUCAGUCAGCCCUGCAGCCACUGAUCCUGGAGCUCUGUUGGAGGAGCGUGUCUUUGAUGACGGCUUGGACCUCGGUGGUCCUACAGAGCACAGCAACACAGUGGGAAGCAAUGAGCGGCCUGUGGAGCUUCGCCCCCGAGGAUCUGGUGGACAGAGCUCCCGCUCCAUCCGCCGACAGACAUGGAAUAGAGAUGAUGCGGUGCUGGACAGUUUACUACUAGCAUCCGUCACUCAGCUCUCCACUAGGAUACGUCAGGCAGUCGACAAAACAACCUGCAAAAUCAGGAUCCUCUUCAAGGAUAAAGAACGAAAAUGGGAAGAGAUUGAGAACAAACUGCAGGCAGAGCAUGACUCCUUAUUGCUCAAGAGCUCCAAUAAGGAAAUUUCAAGCAUUAUUCAAGACCUGAAGAGAGUGGAAAGACAACUGCUCGUAAUCGACAUGAUGGUGGACCCAGACGGCACCCUGGAUGCCCUGUCUAAUCUGGGCCUGACCAGCCCUCUGACUGACCAGAAGAUCAGCCCUGGGACUCAGCAGGGGGCGUCAGUGUUGCACCCUGGAGCUGGAGCUUCCUCCAGGCCUGAAGGACUGGCCACUGAACCCUGUGGACCUUCAGACCAUGCAGAGGUGGUGGAGUGA